GCGCGCACGGCUCUUCACACUGUGAGAUGACUGACGAGGUGCAGCACUUCUGAACUGGACUCGGCCACUUUAAACGCUCCUCCAUCCGCUCAGUGUGCGUUUAGGAGAAGACGUGCAGGCAUCCAAGAACACUUAAGAGCAGGCAGGAGACAGUGAAGCAACAGAUCAGCGAUGUUCAGAGCAGUGUUUGGAAACAAGCGGGAGGCAGGAGGCAAACGAGGAGAAAAAAACAAAAAGGGACAGGCAGGUAGUGAGGUGUACGCUCACAGCACUCUGCAGAGGGGUAGUGGCGGUCGUGCCACACACCGCCAGGACCACGGCAGCCAAGGGAAGCUGAGGAGAUUGACCAAAGUGGCGUCUAUUUCGCUGCCCUCCUCCCCUCUCCUCCCUCGCCAGGCCGACAUAGUCGCCUCCAGGUCGUGCGUCAAGUUCACAGGACGGGUAAGGAAGCUGGAGGAUGUGGACGGCUUUCCCAGCGCUAGAGAACCUCUCGUCUUUGCCUCGUGCCGUGGCAGGACAGACCGCAGAGACCUCCACGUGGAGCCUCAGCUGGGCUCCUCCCUUUCUACCCAGGAACUGAUGACCAGACUAUGCUUAUUAUUGGGAGAAGCAACGCCUGGCACUGCUAGCUCUCCAAUGGAGGACAGGAGGGAAAGGAAGUUUGAUACCUCUGCUCAGGGGGGGAGUCCUAGCCCCACUCUCACCUGCAGCACUGCCUCCCCCUGUUCAGAGAGCCCCUGCUCCACCCUGAGCACCAGUGUUGGAGGCCAGCUCUUAGCUUCGCCCCACUGUGGCUCCAGCACCAGCCCCACUGGAACCCUCUCCAACAGCGGGCCCAGCUCCGCCCCCUGCGCUGCUGCUGGACCGCUCAGCCCCGGGCCGCCUUCUCAAAGCCCGACCGCCACCUCGGUGGGGAAGGAUGGUGGAACCAAAGCCACCAUCACUGUUUCUUCUGAGAAUGAGGAGCGCAGCGCCUCCCGUGAGGUUCUGACUACGGAUGAAGGCCCAGGGGGCGGUGCUUGUGUAAUGGGCUAUGCAGGCGAGAACCGCCAUCCCGGGCCAACCAGGGACUCUGUGAUCAUCCAACCAGAUGAGGCCUUACCUAGAACUGACAUCACGGAGCCCAGGACUCCACCGGCACCGAAAAGACCCCUCCCACAGCACCACAUUCACAGCGCUUCCUCCCUUGCGUUGCCCCGUCCCAAUUCAGUGGCAGCAACCAGCUCCACACGACUGGAGGACUUGAGUUAUGUGGACAACCAAAGGGCCACUGGGCACAGGAGCUCCGUCCGCAAACACAAUACAGCUGGACGCACAAGUGAUGACUCCAAAGGGAGAUUAGUGCCAUUCAAGCAAGCCGACAUCAUGCUUAAACCGCUGCUGUUCGAAGUCCCCGGCAUCACCGCAGAGACGCCUUUUGUCGGCCGGGAUUGGCUCUUUACGCGCUUGGAGGAGGUCCUUGGAAAAACGAGCAGCUGCGAGGGUCGCGGCGCUGUCAUUGUGGGCAACGCGGGAUCCGGCAAGACUGCUAUCAUCUGGCGGCUGGUGACACUGAGCUGUCACGGCACGCGCACGCCGCAGGGAGGUCCCAGCAUCCCUCACAGCCCCAGCUCCUCCCCUAAAUGUGGGGAUAAGCAGGGAAGAGCAGCUUCCAAACAGACUGCUGACUCCCAGCCUCACCAGAGUGCUGCUGCAGGUACGAGCGACAGUACGGCACAGAGGAAGGAGGCUGCGAGGUGCCUAGCAGCCAAGGUGGUAGCCUAUCAUUUCUGUCAGGCUGACAAUACGUACACCUGCCUGGUGCCAGAGUUUGUGCACAGUGUCGCUGCCUUGUUGACCAGAGCGCCGCAGCUUGCCCCGUACAGGGAUCUGCUGGUACAAGAGCCUCAGCUCCAAAACACACUCAGCCUGCGAUCCUGCGUCCAAGACCCCAUCGCUGCCUUCCGAAAGGGUAUCGUAGAGCCCAUAGCCAGCCUGCGCAAGGAGCGCAGGCUACCUGAAGACGACUACAUCAUAUUGGUCGACAGUCUCAAUGAGGCAGAAUUCCAUAAACCCGACUAUGGGGACACCAUCGCCACUUUCAUUCCCAAAAUUAUCUCCAAAUUUCCUCUCUGGCUGAAGUUGGUGGUCACAGUCAGGACGGGCCUGGUGGACAUCACGACACUCCUUCCCUUCUCCGGCAUCUCUCUGGACAUCCUGCCGGACAGCAGCGAUCUUGGAGCUGACCUGAGUGACUACAUCCAUCACCGGGUCAGCAGCAGCACUCAGGUCGCCGCCAACGUCACCACGCCAACGGGCUCGGCCCCCGAUCAGCUGCUUCUCAGCAAGUUCAGCAGCCACCUGUCAACCCGGAGCCACGGCUCCAUCCUGUACCUUCAGCUGACCCUGGAUCUGUUCCAUAAGGGCCAACUGGCUCUGAAGGGAGGAAACUACCUGGUGGUGCCUGUGUCCCUUUCAGAGGUGUACCUGCUGAUGUGUCGCGUGAGCUUUCCCGAUAAAGAGGCCUUUGAACGUGUACUUCCGGUGCUGAAUGUGGCCCUGGCGUCUCUGCACCCACUGACGGAUGAACAAAUGUUCAGGGCGCUGAAUGCAGGCAGUGUGAGAGGGGAGCUGGAUUGGAAGGACUUCCUGCUGAGAUUAGACAGCCUUAAUAGAUUCAUGGUGCGACGCAGGGAUGGCACACGGAUGCUGUGUCAUCCUUCCUUCAGAGAAUGGCUGGUUUGGAGAGCAGAUGGAGAGAGCAGUGACUUUCUCUGUGACCCAAGGAGUGGCCACGCUCUCCUGGCCUUCAUGUUCUCCAGACAGGACGGCAAGUUGAACCGGCAGCAAACUAUGGAGCUGGGACACCACAUCCUCAAGGCUCACAUAUUCAAGGGCCUGAGUAAGAAGACAGGUGUGUCUUCCAGCGUUCUUCAGGCAAUGUGGGUGAACUGCAGCACAGACAGCCUGUCUGCAGCACUGGCCUCCCUGAGGAACCUCUACACGCCCAACAUCAAGGUAAGCCGUCUGUUGAUGCUGGGAGGAGCGAGCUCGACCUGGUGCACAGAAGUGGUAGGACAUGCCCCCAUUCUGGCUGUCCACGCGCACCUGGGCCACGGGGAGAUGGUGGCCCUGCUGCUGGAGAUGGGUGCUCCCGUAGAGGGGGCCGCCGACAGCGGCAUGACGCCCCUGUGUCUGGCCGCCGCCGCGGGACACGUCGACAUUGUCAGCCUCCUUUGCAAAAAGGGGGCCAAGGUGGGCCAUGCUGAUAAGAGUAGCCAGUGUGCGCUGGUCCACGCUGCUCUGAAGGGCCACGCUGAAAUCAUCAGCAUCUUGCUGGGCCCAGAUUGGGGGGCAGAGAGUCCCAGUGACCCACAGCAGCACCACAGCAAUGACACCGUCACUGAGAAAGCAGCGGCAGCGCAGCAGGCGCUUACAGCCGCAGCCAGUGUGGGACACACACAGGUGGUGAAGAGCUUGCUGGACUUGAAAGAUGAACAGCUGGCAGUGCAGAUGGACGCACACGACUCUCUCUGGGGAGAAACGGUGCUGAGCGCGGCAGCAGGAAGGGGGAGGACGGAGGUGUGCGCGUUCCUCCUGGAGCGGGGGGCAGGGCUGGAGAUACCCAACCGCAGGGGGAUGGCCCCGCUGCUCAGUGCCUCCAAACACGGGCACACGCAGGUUGUGGAGAUGCUACUGAAGCAAGGCGCAGACAUCGAAGUCCAUGAGAAGCAGGGUCGCACCGCGCUGAUGCUGGCAGCCUCCGAGGGCCACACCAGCACCGCCGAACUGCUGCUGACAAAAGGUGCAUCCGUGUCCGCUGCUGAUCAGGAGGGGCUCACUGCACUUGGCUGGGCUUGUCUGAAGGGCCAGAAAGCUGUGGUGCAACUUCUGGCGGAGGCCGGCGCAGACCUGAACCAACCUGACAGGCAGGGAAGGACUCCUCUCGACCUCUCUGCCCUGACCGGGGACGCAGAUACAGUGCAUUGCCUGGUGGAAAAUGGAGCGGUGCUGGAGAGAGGCGACAACAACGGCACCAGAGCUUCAGACCGGACGCCCGGCUGCCAGAACCCGGCUCUGGUGGCCUCGGUGCUUAAGAAGGGCUCCAAGAUGGGCUACAAAACGGCUCCACACGAUCGAUCAGGUCACGCUACGUGGGCUAUGGCCUCCUCCAAACCAGACAUUCUCCUCAUCCUGCUGCAGAAGCUGAUGGAGGAGGGGAACAUGCUUUACAAGAAGGGCCGAAUGAAGGAGGCGGGCCAGCGUUAUCAGUACGCCCUGAGGAAGCUGCCGCGUGAUGGGCAAGGAGAGGAGCUGAAAGGGCUCAAAGACCUGCGGGUCUCCCUCUAUCUAAACCUGUCCCGCUGCCGCAGGAAAACCAACGAUUUUGGGAUAGCUGAAGAGUUUGCAACAAGAGCCCUGGAACUCAAACCCAGGUCAUAUGAGGCGUAUUAUGCCAGAGCACGUGCCAAGAGGAGCAGCAGGCAGUUUGCUGCGGCGCUGGCGGACCUCCACGAAGCGGCGCGAGUCUCCCCGUCCAACCGGGAGAUCCGGCGCCUGCUGGUCCGGGUGGAGGAGGAGUGCAAACAUCAUCAGAAGGCAUCCAGCAACAACAUGGCACAAGGUCACAACAGGGACCCGCACACCCACCACCAUCAGGCCCCAGAGGAGGAGGCAGACGCCUUUUCCCAGGGAAGCCUGGAGAGGCCGGCCCCCGCGGAGCGCACCGAUGCAGAGAAGGAGGAGGAGGAGGAGGAGGAGAGAGAGGAAGGAGACGAGGCCAGCCUGCACUGUGGGAAAAGUCCAGAAUUCUGGCCCAUGAAUCCGUACGCUCCCAAACGGAUCUUUGGUCUAGCAGACCAGUUGCCAUGUUUCCCACAAGAGGAAUAUGUGCAGAACCAACUUUUUGUGGACUUGCCCGAGGCUCCGACCAACAGGCAGGCCCAGAACCAGGGCCUCGGCAGGACUCAGCACCACUGCCACUCCCUCCAGUCAGGGGGCAGAGUUGGGGGUCGGCCCCUCUCCCUGUGCGGCCCGUCCAGCCCGCUGCCUAGCAGACGUAUGUCCACCUCCCUGAGGCCCGCGCCGCUGCUCGGUAUUGACAUCGGCCACGGAUUGGCCAACGAACACUGUGGACACAGUCCCACUGAGCUCUUUCACCCCAUGUCCCCCAACAGCUCCUCCCCACCCGGGCCUCUCCAGAUGUACCAACCACGCUCCUCCAGCUUCUCCAGGGGCUCCGACAGACUCUCCACCCACUCGGCGGCUCUGGAUGGCCUGUCUCUUGCUCUGGGCUCUGGUAUGGAGGUCAGGAGGGAUUGUGGUGGAGGAGGAGGAGGAGGAGGGACAGCAGGCUCAAGGGGCUCCAGCUCCAGCCAGGCCUCCAGUGGGAACCUGUCGGACGGCGGCAGGCAGCAGGUGUCCGACGCCCCGUGCCCCAUCAAGAGCAGCGGCAGCUUCAAGACGAAGCCCGAGCUGAAGGCCCGGCCUUUCAUGGGAGUGACGGACAAGUCGGUGCGAGUGCAAGGCCAGCAGACCUCCGGCCUGAGCCGACAGGGGCAAGGAGGGGGGCUGGAGACCUUCAGCAUGUCAGUGAUGGAGUUUCAGGGGUCGAACAGUGAGUACAAACGCACUCCCUUCCCGGACCAGCUGUCUGGAAGCCAGGCCGCCAGCCAGCAGCACGGUUGGGAGUUUGGAGAGAGGCUCCACCAGCGAGAGGCCAGAGGCUCGGCGUCCUCCCAGCUGCGCUUCCCCGACGGGAGGCCCCGCCAGGCGAGCCUGACGAGGGACAACCCCGCUCUGCAUAUGGCUCCCAUCAAACCCAAGCGCUCGUUCAUAGAGUCCAACGUGUGAUUGACGACGCUCAGGCACAGGCCGGUUCCAACAAGCCGCGAGCCAUCAAGGUAGCGAGGGGGACUGCUUUGAGAACAGCUCCCUUCCCUGAGCCGCUUUUGUAAAGUCAUGCUGCUGCACUGCAUUUACAAUCUAGAACCAGUGUUCAACUCAGGCUGCUCUGCUUUUGCUUACUCGUCUAGAGCUACACUAGUAUAUUCAACAAAAGUAGGGAUUUGAAAAAAGUAGUAUGUUAUCUUUUAAUUUAUUAUAACCAAUAUUAAAGUCAGAGAAAGCUUUGUGCACGAAUAUAUAUAUAUAUAUAUAUAUAUAUUUAAAAACCAUGCUAUUAGUUGCUGGCUAUCACCAUUUCUAUUGUCAAGUGUCUUUUAAGAAACAUUUAUAUUUGUACGUUCUACACUAUUUGCAGAUUAUAUAUUUCCCUGUAAGUGGUUAUCUGUCAGCAUUACAGGCUUCAAAAGAAAUGACUGCGUGCUUCGGAGUCUUUUUCUUGGUACAUUUGAUUAAAAAAAAAAAAUCAGUUGUACAGUUGGAAAGUUUUUGUCAUAAUCUAAUAUUGAAUCGAUUGCAUCAGGAUUCACAGUAUGUUAUUUAUUUUUGCAUAGCAGAGCAUAUUCAUAUACAGUGUUUAUUGGUUCAUUUGGAUACACAGAGGGAGAGAGCAUUUACGCGAGCAGUCGAUGAUGGAAAAUCUUACGGGACUUUGUACACAGCUGUCAUAUACGCGUCUCCGAUCAUCUAUGGAUUACAAAAUGUUACCACUUUAUCAUUGUGGUAAAAUAAAAUAUCAAUGGGGGCUUUUUAUUUCUACAUCUACUUCUUUCACAGUAUAAUCCAUAAAAUGUUGCCCAAGAUUCUGUUGUGUACGGAUGGGUGAAAGGUUCAACCUAAUUUAUCGAAACAGACCAUCAUCCAAAUAAACUGCUUGUAUGAAAUGUG